AUGUUGUUGAAGUUAGGUCUCUUAUGCAGUAUGAGCUACAGGCUUGUAGUAGCGCGAGUUGUCAUCCCAUCAACUUCAGCUCUUGCGGGCCCCUCUCGUUUUUUCUAAAUUUAAACCAGCAGGGUCAUCUGGUCGACCGGUGCAAAGGGAUCACCGAUGAGCAAAACCGCUCGCGCGCUUUGGCGGCGUGCUCGUAUCUGUCCCCGCUAUUGCCGGACACGAGCCGCAAGGUCUUGCGCGAGGUUGCCGCCGCUCAUGCAUACGCUGAAGGAGCGGCGAAGAGCUACAAGUCGGCUAAGGAGGCACGCGUGAAGAACUUGCACCAGCUUCAUGCUUGGAACACUGGCAAAGGGCGGGCGUUUUGCGUGAGCGCUACAUCAAACCUCCGCCAGCUUGUGCAAAGUUGCACGCUCAUCAGCACGGCCAUCAAGGAGCAAAAAGCCGGCAAGCUGGAGACGAAGCGCUUGCCAUUUAUCGACGGUGAGCCAAAGCCACUCAGUCCGCAACGCGUUUUCUUCUCUGGCAUCAAGACGGUAAUUUUUCUCAACUACACGCUCAAACUUGCUUAGCUCUCAGCUACAUACUCUGCCGCUCUUCAAAUAUUUAACAACUAUGAAACCCCUAUAGUGAAAAGCUAAAAGCUGGGUGACUUUCUUUCCUAGUUCUCCCCCUGACGUUAGCAAAUUUCAAAAGCUUGCAACUUCUCCAGGCCUUGGCCACGGCAGCAACCGAUGGGCGCGCUCUGUUUGUGCAUACCGGCGCCACGUCUUGGCUGAGCCUGAACGCCGAGGAGGAGCCCGAGCUGCCCACGCUCGACGAGGUGAGCCGUGCUCUUGAUGAUUCCGAGUGCGCGGAGAUGAUGCUGCGGAAGAGUGUCGCCGGUCAUGUGUGCCCCAACUGGUCCGGUGAACCGAAGACGAGAGACCUGGCAUAUUUUUCGACUGAUUUAUGUGAUGCUGAUGUCGUGGGAGGGAUGUGCUGGGCUUUUUUGUGGAUGGAUGAGAUAGCGAAGACUUAGAAAAGUUCAUGAACUAGCGAGAGCCAAAGCAAGUGCGUCUAAGUCUAUAGUAAUCAAAUACCUCUACCACCCAGAUGAGUGGCAGCAUGGUCGCGAAGGUGAAGAAGUGCAGCGAGGCGCUUGGUGGCACCCACCCAGCCCCAUGCGGCGCUCAAGAGCCUCGGGGGGUUGA